GCCAGAAGUAUGGAAGAAGUGAAGAUCGAGUGAGAAGAGGAAGGAAGAGCGAUACAGACACCGUAUGACUUUCAAACCUCUCUGAUUGCAAGCAAAAGAAACUUCUACAACUUGCGGCUGGUCAGCAUAGUGGACUGCCCAAAUUUAAAGGACAUUACAGGGAUCAUUUGGGCCCCAAAUCUGAGAGAUCUCUUUGUUUGUGGCUGCCGUAGAAUGGAAGAAAUAAUUAGUGAGGGUGGAGUUACUGCGAUGACCGGAGAUCUUAUCUUGUUUGUGAAACUCCAAAAUCUGGAUUUAUUUGGUCUAUCAGAAUUGAAGAGUAUCCACAGGUUUGCACUUUCCUUCCCUAGUUUGGUUGCAAUUAGAGUAGGUUAUUGUCCAAAGCUGAGGAAAAUUCCACUUAGCUCCAACAGCACAGAGGGGCGUAGAGUCAUCAUUAGAGGAGAGCAGCAGUGGUGGAAUGAGCUAGAAUGGGAGGAUGAAUCCGCACGGGACCAUUUUCUCCCGUCUUUCGAACCUUGUUAAGAACUAGAAAUUGCAGAAGGAUAUUAAAAUACUCUUUUAUUUUACUUUAAGCUUUUCCCUUUUUUCUUAAAAUUUAAAAUCCUUAUGUAAUGUUUGAGAAUGACGUGAUAUAUAAUAACGAGAUUAUGUAUUUUCUAUAUUUCAGUAGGCAAUUCAUGAUGAGUUGUGUAGUGAAAUAAUUUUAGAAAAAAAGUAUAAAUGAGAAUAUUAAUU